GUGGGGCGGGGGCGGGGAGAGGCCAUUGGGUACAGGCCGGAGGUUACAACAGGACACUGCCCCCUCCUGCACUACAAGAGCCAGCAACAAGACGAACCACGCCGACUUCUUUUUCUUCUUCUCCUUCAAUCCACCAUUAGAUACGUCGUGGCAACUUCAGUGUUACAGCGCGCGUGUCUGCUUUUUUUUGUUUUUUUUCUCGGCCGUCGCGUGUACUCAUUGAACCGAAAGUGGAUGUAUUUUAUUUGACCUAUGAUACCCCCCCCCUACAGCCAUGGAUUAAACAAACGCUGACUAGCGCAUUGAGGAACCGACUGAUAACAAGCGCCACUGGCUACAAGGUUUAAUGUUAGCUUGCGAGAUAUCGACGCUUUAAGGCGCUGUUUCUGACGUAUGUCGGACCCCCACGUGGUGUCGACCUGUUCAUGUAACGCUGUCCCCUGUGUAACAUAUAAUAUGUAACAACCGUUAGUCUUUGUUGUCUAACCUACACGUACAACUACAAGCCAAUCGCGCCGCAGCGCAAAGUUUGACAGCAAACGGCACUUCGUCCAGGGUUGAAAGGUCACCUGACGUCGUAUCCUCUUUUCCUGUCAACAGCACGCCAUGAAGAUGUGAACUGUUCUUGUGUCAUUUUUACCUUUUUCUCCAAGAGAUUACAAAAAAAAAAACUCGACAAGGAUGUACGAAAGCGUGGAUAUAGUGGGUAUGAGCCCCAGCCCCCGCAGCCCAAGCAGCGGCUCCUUUCUGGGCAUGGACUACUACCACAGAGCUCCGGGCUUCGAGCCGGAGAAAGGACUUCUUCCCGGGCUUGGGGGACUUCAGAGGUCGUUCGGAGGGUCCCUGCUGACCGGCAGGCACUGGAGCGGAUCUUGUCACUCAAUAGAAACAGAAAGCACGAGUUCUGGAGAAGACUUGCUGGUCACAAGCCCCCCGUCCCCACCACCUCCACCGCGCAUUUACAAGCCCUGCUUUGUAUGUCAGGAUAAAUCUUCUGGAUACCAUUAUGGAGUCAGCGCCUGUGAGGGCUGCAAGGGAUUCUUUCGCAGGAGCAUCCAGAAAAACAUGGUAUACACUUGUCAUCGAGACAAGGUUUGCGUGAUAAACAAAGUGACAAGGAACCGCUGUCAAUCCUGUCGACUGCAGAAAUGCCUGGAUGUUGGCAUGUCCAAGGAAUUAGUUCGAAAUGAUCGUACGAAGAAAAAAAAGGAGGAGAAGAGGCAGGUGGAGGUGGAGGUCUACGUGUUGUCAGCAGACACGGAGCAGAUGAUUGAACGAGUUCGCCGUGCACAUCAGGACACUUUUCCCUCCCUUGGUCAGCUGGGAAAGUACACAACGAGCAACAGCGCCGAGCAUCGUGUCCCUCUGGAUGUCAACCUUUGGGACAAGUUUAGUGAACUGUCCACCAAAUGCAUCAUCAAGACUGUGGAGUUUGCCAAGCAGCUGCCGGGCUUCACUACGUUAACCAUUGCUGAUCAGAUCACUUUGCUCAAAGCUGCCUGCCUGGACAUUCUGAUUCUGAGAAUCUGCACACGCUACACCCCAGACCAGGACACCAUGACCUUCUCAGAUGGUUUGACGCUCAACCGCACUCAGAUGCACAACGCCGGAUUCGGGCCGCUCACGGACCUGGUGUUCUCCUUUGCCAACCAGUUGCUCCCGCUAGAGAUGGACGAUGCAGAAACAGGAUUGCUUAGUGCCAUCUGCCUGCUUUGUGGAGAUCGUCAAGAUUUGGAGGAGUCGGACAAAGUGGAUGUUCUUCAGGAGCCGAUGCUGGAAGCAUUGAAGAACUAUGUCCGGCGGAGGAGGCCUGACAAACCCUGUAUGUUCCCUAAGAUCCUGAUGAAGAUUACUGACCUCAGGAGCAUCAGUGUGAAGGGCGCAGAGCGAGUGAUCACACUGAAAAUGGAGAUUCCCGGUUCCAUGCCUCCACUCAUCCAGGAGAUGCUGGAGAACUCUGAGGGACUAGAGGGGCAAGGUGCUGGAGGAGGAAAAGGGCGAGACAGAGCCGGCGGACAACGGGAAGAAACGGAUCUCCAAAAUUCCCUUAAUCUGUACCCCAUGUCGGUCCCUUCUCCGAGCCGGAGUCCCCCAUCCUCCACCUGAAAUGUCACACUUGAAGAACCUACACCUUGCACAGCACUGCCUAGUGGCGCUGAGUGGCACUGCAAGAGCACCAACAACAGACAGACGUUUAACUGCUCGUCGAAAGGACGCUGAGUUGACUUCAGUGGGACAGCAUUGAUUGUUGAAUAACGGGAUGUGUGACACUUAAUGAUAUCUUUUUUUGGGGGGCUUAAAUUAUGCAGUUUUUCACAUUGCAGAUGCAUAAGAUCAUUUCGCUUUUAAGCUAAAUGUUGUUCUAAAAGUUCUAUAGAUCAUGUCUUUUUAUGAUUUUUAAACAAAAGGUUAGUAAUUCAGUGGAACCUGUUUAUGUCGACAACCCGUUAGCUUUUCAAGUCCUGGUCCGCUUCAAACCGGCUGAAGUUGAAUAUAAAAAGAGAUUCAAAGAUGUCAUUUCUAACUAAUUGCCGUAUUGCAGCAACAUAACUGCAGUCAAACCUCUGUUUUUGUUAGUAAACCGUUCUAAAAUGUCAGACAAAAAUCAAAAUGUAUGAAAACCGAAACAAUAUGUCCUGUAGCAAACAAUGUCAAUCCAAUGAAUCAGUUCGAGACCCCCCAAAAUUUGAAUUUUAUAGAGAAUAAUUACAAUUUUACCUACAGAAAAUGAUCGAAAAUAAGUAACAAAAGGUGUCGACUAAAACAGUUUCCACUGUAUUUAGCUGCACCUGUCUGUGUGACCUCUCGUAAGCUGAACAUGGUCAAACGUGGACCCGUUUGAUGAAGGAUUAUGGGGGUAGUCUAUAUAUAGAUGAUAACCCUCUUAUGCAUUUUUCUUGUGAUGAAAAGCCAUGUGUGUUAUGCAAAAUCCAUGUGUAUACUGUAUGUAAUAGUUGCUAUGGACAGACUGACAAUAGAAGAUAUUUUCCUAAAUGUACAUGUAAUAUUUUAUCUCCCUCAAGCAACACUGCCAAGAGUUCUUCCUUUAUCCCCACCAAAAGCCGACACACACACACACACGUAGAAAUGAAUCACUUUUCCAGUCAUGCAUGUCUUACGUCUGAAAAUGAACUGUAUCAUCACACUGCCUCACUUUGCUACUGCCGGGUACAAAUCUAUUUCCUUAUUAAAGGGGACCUAUGAUCUGUGUUUAUAGCUCUAUAUGUGAAUGCUAUCCACUCGAGAAGUUCAUGCAUGAUUUACCUGUUGGAAAAAAUGUUUAUCUUACACUGCCCCCCUCUUAAAUAUAUACGUACUUUGAUAGGCCAUUUUCAGAAAGCCGGUCUCGGGGCAUGUCUCAGUACUUUGAUUUUGUGAGUUUGCCUUUAAUGUGUUGAUCAUAAUGAGAAUAAAACAACAGAACAAGGAUUUUAAGCACACAAAAAUAUUUUUGUGAUCAAACUUAUUUUCAAUGUUAGGCAAAUUACGUUAGAGGAUAUAGUUAUUAGUUAUUUUCCCAAAUACAGUGGUGUGAAGUGUUUGCACCUGAGUUCUGAUUUUUUUUUUUUGCAUGUU